AUGGCCACUAUAAAGACCUUUUCAGAGUUUUCUAUGUCCUACACUGUGAAUACAAUGCUUUUGCAACUCGAAAAUGACCUUCUUCAACUAGAGCCUGGUCAAGAAUGUCAUGGAGCCCUCAAGAUCCAUUGCACUCGACCAGAGCAUGUCGAGAAAAUCUUCAUUCAGUUCAUUGGUGUGGCCAAGACGGAAUGGAAGCUGGGUGAGACAUACCUCGUUGGGAAUUCUGCCAUAGUAGACAAAGUUCCUUAUACUUCUGAACGUCACUACUCUGGUGAUGAAGUUGUUCUGCCCAGUAAAACGCUUACUUCUGGAAUGAAUAUUCUUCCCUUCAACAUGACUGUACCGGUCGAGGUUCCCCCGUCUUUUGAGAACAAUUUAGGAUGUAUUCGUUAUUGGAUAAAGGCAAGUGUUCAAAGAGGAUCAGGGAACUCCACCAUUGCCAUUCCCAUUGAAAUAUCUACGAAUCCUGUUGUCAAAUGUUCCGAUUUUCUGACAAAGCCAAUCAGAAAGGAGUCGAGACGAGACUUGGGAAAGCUGUUCUUCAAGAAUGGACAUGUCCGUGCUGCCAUUGGAGUUCAAAAAGCAACCUUUAGUGUGGGAGAAUCCAUGGAAGUAAACGUGGAAGUGGACAAUGAAUCCGAGAAGAAGAUAACCGACAUUCAGUUCCAAUUGGUUCAACUCAGCCAUUUUUCUGCUCAAAGAGAUUGCACAAGGCCGAGUCUGAAGAGAAAUCACAAAGAAGUGGAGUUCAAGCAGGACGAAUUUGUCGUCAAAGAAUGGUGUGAUGUGGUGAAGAUUGAGAAGCACGAAAGGGCCACGUACCAAGACGUACUCCGCGUUCCAGAAGUGAUUCCAAGUUUCAACAACUGUCAGAUUGUUCAAGUCAAUUACGUUCUUCGAGUAUGUAUUUUAUCGGACAUUGUGUUUUGUAAUUUCCCUAUUUUACAACCAAUUUUCAGACCAAAAUCGUCACCAAAACCAAUAAGACCUUGUUAUGCUGUGACAUCCCCGUUCAAAUCAGAGGAGUUUCCUCUGAAUAUUCGGCCAACACUUCUCCAAGAUCAAGUCUUUCAGUCGAAAUCAACGCCUACCAGCAUCCAGUUAACGCGCCGCAACCCAUCCUUACAUUCUAA